UUUCAAAACAUGGAAAGUGAAGAAUAUUUGUCUUUGAAAGUUCCAAGCCAAAUGCCCACACAGGACUCCUCAGUGACAUUUUAUUCAAAUGAGCCCCAAGAUUCUCAGAAAAGCAAAAGUCUAUUUGUAAAUGGAGAAAGCACUAAGAGAAAGGUGUUAGGAGAAAAAAGCCCUCCUCCACUAGACCAUUGUUCAGAGACCCUUCAUAUUAAACUUGUGUCUGAUAUAAUAGGACUGGCUUCGCCAUUGUUCAGUGAAGAAGCAAUUUGCCAGAAUAACCUAUUGAAAGAAUCCUUGGAUCCUUUAGACAGUAACUGUGACAUUUGUGGUUGGGAAUCCCAAGUGGUCAGUGAUCAGAGAGCUCAUGCAGAGAAGCACCCCUGUAACCAUUAUGACUCUGGCAAAACACCUAAAACCAGCACAGAGAGUCCUCCAUGUAAGAAUAUCCACAUUGCAGAGAAACAAUACCAAUGCAGUGUGUGUGGUAAGGACUACAGUGAGAGCUCAGAAUUACUGCUUCACCAGAGAGACCACACAGAAGAAAAGCCCUACAAAUGUGAACAGUGUGGGAAGAGCUUUGCAAGGAGCUCAAGUCUCCUCAUCCAUCAAGCAAUCCACACUGAUGAAAAACCUUAUAAGUGUGACAGGUGUGAGAAGGGCUUCACAAGGAGUUCAAGUCUUCUCAUGCAUCAUGCAGUCCAUACAGGGGAGAAACCUUAUAAAUGUGACAAGUGUGGGAAGGGCUUUAGUCAGGGCUCCAAACUGCAUAUCCACCAGCGAGUACACACUGGUGAGAAGCCCUAUGAGUGUGGGGAGUGUGGAAUGAGCUUCAGUCAGCGCUCUAACCUGUAUAUCCACCAACGAGUCCACACAGGAGAAAGGCCCUACAAAUGUGGAGAAUGUGGGAAGGGUUUCAGUCAAAGUUCGAACCUUCACAUUCAUCGUUGCAUACACACAGGGGAGAAGCCUUACCAGUGCUAUGAGUGUGGGAAGGGCUUCAGCCAGAGCUCAGAUCUCCGCAUCCAUCUCAGAGUCCACACUGGGGAGAAGCCAUAUCACUGUGGCAAUUGUGGGAAGGGAUUUAGCCAGAGUUCCAAACUCCUCAUUCACCAGAGAGUACAUACUGGAGAAAAGCCCUAUGAGUGCAGCAAGUGUGGGAAGGGCUUCAGCCAGAGCUCCAACCUCCACAUUCACCAGCGGGUUCACCGGAAGGAUCCCUGUUAAAGAGCUCUUUAAUUACAUACUCAUAUUCUAAAGACUUAAGUAUUUUUAACAUCACUCUUCCCUAUAUAUUCUAUGAAGGAGACAGACAAUGAGUUAUUAAGAUAUGUUCCCUCACUGAAAAGAAGUCAUUCACUUAAAGUAUUUAAUUGCCAAGAACUUUCAUUAUGUUAUACAAUGUACUGCUUUUUCUAGUUCCUUAGAUAGGUAGAGUGAAAACAUCUGUACUCUGCAGUUCAACCAGUGUUAUUAGAACUAUAUUCCCUACCCAGCAUUUAUAAAGCAAGAACUUUACAUUUUAUCUAAGCAUAACAUGUUUUCCUGGUGUUCACAAUCUCUGAGAAAAUGGAACACUGAUUUCUCUUCAAAAUAUGUGCCUUCUGUUUUUCACAUUUCUUUCCAGCCCUAAGUGGUUGUAGAUAUAAUGGCCAUAGAAAUUUAUUGUGUUUAUUGCAAAAAUGUACAACAGUCUGGCAAGAAGCUGGAGAAGAGCUACUUGUGUAAUACACCCCAUGUACCAUUUUACAGGAUGUUGAACCCUCCUCCCCACAAAACAGCAGCAGCUCAGGAACAUAAGUACCAUGGAUGCAGUUAGUCUACUGGGGUUUUUCCAGAUCUCACCACCAUAUAUGAUUCCCCCAAACUAAAGCCAAGUAGGUUACAUACACCAUGUUGAAACAUGUCAAAUGAUGUUGAAAUAUUUAAAUGAAUUCAGUUUCUCUCACAACACUUCUUUCUAAUUUCCUUAAUUUUCUUGACCACCAUGUUUUAUACUAAGCAAAACAAAGGAGUCAGGAGAGAAAGUUUCUGAUACUUGUGUCUUCAGGCUUAUCGUUUUAAUAUUUGAUUUACCCCCCCCCAAAGUUAUUUGUUUUUGCAGCAUCUCCAAACUCUAGACCUCAUUAUAGACAUCUAACUCAUUUAUAAAAUUAUUUUUACAUUUGGCUAAAAAUACUUCAUAUAGAAAUAACUAUAUAAAAAAAUUUAAACUAUUUUUAGGGAGCAGGUUUGAAAAUAUAAGGCCUAAAAUAUGCAUUGUAUCAUAUAAAAUUCACUUGCUCUGUGGGUGGGAUUGGGCGUGGAGCUAGGACACCUGAAAAGUUAGGCAGCAGUUAAUGCAAGAAGCUCAUGCAAUAGUAGAAAGUAGAAAAGGGAUUGUAAAUACAUAACUAAAUCAGAAGUUACCAUACAAUGAGCUCUUUUACGUUUCUUUUUUAUUUAUUUAUUUUUAGAGACGGGGGAGGAGGGAGAAAGACAGGGAGAGAAACAUCAAUGUGUGGUUGCCUCUCAUGCUCUCCCUCCAGGGCACCUGGCCUACAACCCAAGCAUAUGCUCUAGACUGGGAAUCAAACUGGCAACCCUAUGGUUCAAAGGCCGGCACUCGGUCCACUGAGCCACACCAGCCAGGGCCCAUACGAUGAACUCUUAAUUGCAGCUCUGAAUUUCUGAAGGAUGGUUAAUGAUUCCUGAAGCAGUACUUAGGAGGCCUCCCACUUUUCCCCAUCUAUUUUUCUCCAAUGACUAGUAUUCAUAUGUGGAAAAAAUCAGUAGGGGAAAUAUGGAUGCUUUAUUUAUUAGCCUGAGAAUUAUAACUGAUAUAUACAGCCAAACAGUUAACUGGACAUAGAUAACAAAAAAAAGUAUACAUUAAUUUAGGGGAAACAUAGCUAACUUCUAACAAGGAAUGAAGGAGGGUGACGAAUUGAGACAUUUUCCCCACUUUAAGAGACAGCCCAGAAUAUUUGACUCCAACCCAGAGCAGUCCAUAUACAAUGAUUAGGGUAAUGACUGAGUUUUUAUAUCCAAAGUCUCAAAUGAGUUUAAAAUAGCCUGCUUUUCCUGAUUUCCUUUUAUAUGUAUCUUAAGUUAUCAGUGUUUGUAAAUACAUUUAGAUUUUACUGUUCUCUUUUAAGCAUUACCUUAAUAGAACUGAAAUGUGAUCAGAGUCCUUGGGGAGCAUUUCAGGGAUUAUGGAAAGGAAGUUUGGGGAAGCCAAUAUUUUAGAAAAAGAGGGAGUUGUGCAUGAAAAUGCAGAAAGAGCAAUGGGAUGUCACAUUCCAUCAGAUGUUAAGAUCCCAUGGAUGGGGGGGGGGAGAAACACUUAUGGUUGCUUUUUCACAUACCUCAAUUUCAGACAUGUGAAAAUGGAAAAAAAAAAAAAAGAUGUGUAUUAGGAUUGUUGAAAACUCACUUGUUUUCAGAGUUUAGGGGUUGCCCUAGGCUUCUUGUUGUCAUUGUUAUUGCUGCCCUAAGCUUGAUGCUUUACCAGUGCUGGUUGAUUUUGAACAAGGAUGUUUGGGUAGUUUUGGUAGUCUCAGUAAUCAUUUUAGUCAAUUGAUAAUUCUGUCACUAGCAAAGGAUCUCUUUUGUAGAUUAUUACUUGCUGAGUACUGGAGACAAGCUUUUAUUCUUAAAAUUCUUACCUAUUCAAUGAUGAUAUUUGCCUUCUAUGUAGGUUGUUUAAUAUUGUCAGGUCAAAAUACUGGUGAAUAUGUGAUCAUCACUUGUAGUCACAGUUCCAAAUUAGAAUAUUUUUAAUUCUUCUUUUCCAGUGACCCCCACUGACAACCAAAAACAUAGAAGUUCACUUUUACAGCUCUCAUCUUUCUUCACUAUACUUUUAUUGGCAAGAAAAGUUCAUAACAGCAUGGAAUGCAAGGCUGGACCCUAUGUAAUGAAAGCAAGGGAAGUCCAAAGAAACAUGUUGCCAGAGUAAAACUGAUAUUAGGUUGGUACCUUAGAGCAGGUGAUACCAACAAGCAGGUAUAAGAGGUAGAACUGGGAAAAGCUAAUGCAUAGGAAGCACGUGGCAACUGAUCAAAAGGGACUGCAGAAAUGUCAGGGUUUGGUCAACUAAGCAAAAUGGCUAGCAGAGAAGGGACUAGGAAAUGUGCUUCUAUUAAACACAGCUGAUCCCCCUGGACAGCAGUUAAUAUGUUAGAAAAUAUUUUUUAAUUUAAAAACCACAGCAAUAAAAACAGGAGAAAUAUUAGCAAAUGAGAUCACAGGAAAAAAAAUUGAAAGACAGAAGGAAGAUAGCUAUAUCUGAGCAGAAGCAGGCACCAUUUAUAUUGCUUGCAUGUGAAGAUAAGGAUGAGAAGGGACCAGUUUGGCUGCAGACUCAGAAAUGCCUAAUAGAAAUGGAAUAAUGGAAGGAAAGUAGUAUGAACGGCCAGUUGCAUAUGGGAACAUUCCUCUCACCCAUACACAUCCUUCUCCCCCAACACUUGUGCACAGUCAACCAGGGAUUUACCCUCCUUCGAGAGGUGAGAAGUUUAUUCUCUGCAGAAAUUGAACCCAAGGGAGGGACUUCUGUAUCUUUGCAUUUGGGAAUCAAAAACAAAACAACUAUUUUCUAGUUCCAAUACAUUUACAGAGGUGAAGAAUUUAUAAAAUAAAAAUGAGUAAAAUUUAAAUGGAUAUAGGCAAAUUUUCAAUUAGAUAUUUCAAUAUAUAAGUUAUCCAUAGCACUAAUGAAUAGAAAAUCAGUUAAGAUAUAUAAGAUUUUCAAUUAACUUCACUGGUGUUUCUGGAACACCACCCAACAACAGCAUAAUACAUAUUCUUUACACAUUCACAUUUUGGGGCUUAAACAAGUUUCAGAAGACUUAAAAGAAUGGAAAUCAUAUAAGACAUGAUCUAUCAUCAUAACAGAAUUAUGUUAGAAAUCAGUAAUAUCUGAACAAUCCCCAAAUAUAUGGAAAUUAAAGAACAUACUCCUAAAUGAGCCAUAGGCUAAAGAGGAAGUAAUGAGAAAAACUUUGAAAAUACUUUAAAUUGAAAGUAUAUAUCAAAAUUUGUGGCUGCAGCUAAAGCAAUGUGAAAUUCUAUUAACAUCUUGUUGCUAAUAAAUGCAACAACUUAGAUGAAAUUGAAAAAGUCCUUGAAAAGGCAUGAACUGCCAAGGGAAAACUUGAAUAGCCCUAUUAAAUAAAUUGAAUUUGUACCUGACAACCUUCACACACACACACACACACACACACACACACACACACACAAGUAUAGACCCAGAUGGCACAAGUAAUUAUACCAAGCAUUUUAAAAAGACAUAACAAUUCUAUAUAAACUCUUCCAGGAAAAAACACUUUCAACACAUUUUAUGAGCCAAUAUUACCCACAUACCAAAGCCAGACAGAGAUACCUCAAGAAAGAAAAAUCAUGUCAAUAUAUCUCAUGAACAUAAAUGUAAAAAUAGCAAACUGAAAUAGCAAUUUAUAAAGGGUGUCAACACAGGAUCAAAUAGGGUUUAUCCUAGAAAUGCAAGUUUGCUUUAGCAUUCAAAGUCUAUGUAUUUCAUCUUUAAUAGACUCAAAAGAGAAACCAUAUAAUACUCUAUUUGAUACAUAAAGGCAUUUGAAAAAAUUCACUAAUUGUGGAUCAAAAAAUUGGUAAAUUUACACAGUGGAAUACUAUGCAGCAGAAAAAAAGGAGCUCCUACCAUUCACAACAGCAUGAAUAGAACUGGAGAGCAUUAUGCUAAGUGAAAUAAGCCAAGCAGUGAAAGUGAAAUACCAUAUGAUCUCACCUAUAAGUGGAACCUAAUCAACAAUAUAAACAAGCAAGCAAAAUACAACCAUAGACAUUAAAAUAAACAACAAACUGGCACUAACCAGAGAGGAGGGGGGAGAGGGAUAACGGGACAAUGCAGGAAGGGUCACCAAGGAACAUGUAUAAUGAACACAUGGAAAAAGCCAAAGAGGGUAGGUUCUAGGGUGGGGAUCAGGGAUGGGUGCUGCAGGGGGUGUGGUAGGUUGAAAAUGGGGACAACUGUA